AUGCAUACACUAUGCAUCGACACACAAGGCCCACUCUCAACCCUCCCUAAUGAACUAUAUCUCGCAAUAUCCGAUUUCCUAUCACCAGCAGACCUAAAUGCCUUCACAUGCACCAACACAACAACCUACAACCUCCUAAACAACACCCUCUAUAAGCGCGAUGCAAGUUCGCCAAAUCCAAAAUCCCUCUUCUGGGCCUCGACAACCGACACCCCGUCAACAGCCCUGAAAUGUCUCUCCGCGGGCUUCGACAUCCACUCAAGAACAGACACAGACCCGCGAGUAAAAGGCUGCACCCCAAUAAUGCUAGCCGCGUUGCAUAAUAGCAUUGCGGUACUCAAACUGCUCUUGCUCAACGAUGAAGCCAACCCAAACACCCGUGAUAGAAAAUUGAUCCGCCCACCACUAUCUUGGGCCGUCAGAGAGGGCCACUCAGCCAUAGUGCAAAUCCUGCUGAACGACGACCGUACAGACGUCAACUUGCAAGACAAGGCGGGCGACACUGCACUUAUGAUUGCCGUCAAUCACCAGCUCAAGAUGAUAACACUGCUGCUCUGUAACGGGCGGGUGGAUCCGCGCGUGCCAAAUCGGCAGGGAUGGACGCCGCUCAACCGGGCUGCGCGUGAAGCAGACGGGGAUGUGGGCUUGCUACUUGCUAAGCAUUUGCGGUUGAUUCUCGACGGUGAUGAUGGCGCUGCGCAUUGCCAGCAUGUGUUUUUCUAUGCGGCUAUCAUGGGACACGUUGAUAUUGUGCGGUAUUUGGUUCAGUAUUUUGGGGAGAAGCUUGAUCCCAACGCCGAAGGACAGCAAUAUGGGCGGGGAGCAUUUUCAAUCGCGGCUUCGGCGGAGUGGGUGGAUGUUGUACGGUUCUUACUGGAGUGGGAGGUUACGGAUCCUAAUUUGCAGACGCAUUGGAAGAGGCGGACACCUUUGUUUGUUGCUGCGGAGAAUGGGCAUGAGGAGGUUGUGGACUUGUUGGUUGGAUGUGAGAGGGUUGGGUUGGAGAUUGCUGAUAUACAUGGGACUACACCGUUGGGGGUUGCGACGGAAAGAAACCAUGAGGGGAUUGUUAGACGGUUGUUGGCUGGGUCUAGGCGGGCUGAUCCCAAUGCUCGUGAUGAGAACGGUCAGACGCCGCUGUUUAAUGCUGCGUUUUAUGGUCACAUAGGUGUUGUAGAGCUACUACUCGAGGCGCAUGGCAUUGAUCCACAUUUGGGAGACACAGAUGGGAAGACGCCGUUAGAGGUGGCAUCGGAGAAUGGCAAUCUGCAGGUAGUGGAGGUACUGCAGAGAUACAUAGACAACCCAUCAUGA